ACAGGUGGUCAGUCAUUCUUCAGCCGAAAGGACUCCAUCCGAACCAUCUACACAUCUCUGCAUAAUGAGCUGAAGAAGGUGGUGGCGACGGGUCGCAAUGCACUAGGAGGAACAGCUCCUCACUUGGAAGAGCUGCUUUCUCACCUGUCUGAACAGCUCUGUUUUUUUGUUCAGGCUCGGAUGGAAAUUGCUGACUUCUAUGAAAAAAUGUACACGCUCAGCACCCAAAAGUUCAUUAACUCUGAGGAACUGGUAAACAUUUUGGAAUCCAUCUUAAAGAAAUACAGCUCAAGAUUUCAUCAUCCAAUCCUCAGUCCUCUUGAAAGCAGUUUCCAGCUGGAAGUAGAUGUGCUUGCACAUCUCUUAAAGGCUCAGGCUCAGAUCUCAGAGUGGAAGUUCCUUCCAUCCCUGGUCAACUUGCACACUGCUCACACAAAACUACAGACUUGGGGCCAAAUUUUUGAGAAGCAACGAGAGACCAAGAAGCAUCUGUUUGGAGGGCAGUCUCAGAAGGCUGUACAACCUCCGCACCUCUUCCUCUGGCUGAUGAAGCUCAAAAACAUUCUCCUUGCCAAGUUUAGCUUUUACUUUCACGAGGCCCUUAGUCGACAAACAACAGCAUCUGAAAUGAAAACUUUGACUGCUAAAACAAAUCCUGAUUACUUUGGGAAAAUUUCCAGCUUCAUCCGGAAGUAUGAUGCCGUCAAUGUUUCCCUAAUUUUUGACAAUCGUGGAUCGGAGAGUUUUCAGGGACACGGUUAUCAUCAUCCUCACUCUUACAGGGAAGCCCCCAAAGGAGUGGAUCAGUACCCUGCAGUGGUGUCUCUGCCCAGCGACAGGCCUGUUAUGCACUGGCCCAAUGUAAUCAUGAUUAUGACUGACAGAACCUCUGACCUCAACAGUCUGGAGAAGGUUGUUCACUUCUAUGAUGACAAAGUCCAAAGCACGUACUUUCUGACUCGCCCUGAACCUCACUUUACCAUUGUAGUUAUUUUUGAGUCCAAGAAGUCAGAAAGGGACUAUCAUUUUAUUUCUUUUCUCAAUGAAAUUUCACAUUCCCUUAAAAACUCCAAAGCUUUUGCAAGCUUGAAGCCUGGAUCCAAAGGGUAAAAUACAAACUACUUACAAGUUGUCAAGGCAGUAUGCCAGCCUUGGGGGAGCUGUAGCUUUCAAGGAUUACAUAAAUUCAUGAUUCUCAGAGUCUAAUUAAAAAGGAACCAUUAUUUUUAAUGUUGUAAGUUCCUUUUUUUUUUAAGCUAACAGACACUUGAAGAAAAGUAUUUUUGGGCAGUACUCAGUGGGACAACUUACUUGUGGGGUGCUAAAUGUAGGAUUUUUUCUUUGUGUGGUUUCAGUAUGAUUUAUUUUUUCAGUCCACAA